AAAUACAAACACAACAUUUUCACCUUCAUAUUUUUCUGGAAGUCUCUCUCUUUAUUCAUUUCUCUACAUCUCAACAAAGAGAAAUCAAUAUUGGUUUCUUCAUGUUGGCAAAAUCCAAUCAUAGUGACUUAAAACCCGGAGUUGUUAAUGUUGAGGUGAGAGACAAGGCAAAUGUUGUUAGUGUUGGUCAAUCAGGAAAUGAAAAUGAGACCCUAAUGGAAAAUCGAAAUAAGCAGGGUUUAGUUGGUGAAUCUGUCGUUGAUGGGGUCAGGGUUUCUGGAGAAGAUAAUGAGGUUAGUGAGGGUUUAAGAGCGCAAAUGGAAGGUUUAGAUGAGGAAAUUGAUUUGGAUUCACGGGAUCUCGAAGAUGGACUGGGGUUUAAAGGAUAUGGUGGGCUUGACGGUGAACUCGUGGUUGAUCUUAGGGGAUACAAUGGGAAAAAUGUAUCUGUUCUUGAUGGUGUAACAGUCAACAAUGAUUUCAAUGUGGUGGAUGUCAGCAAUGAAGAACGGAUGAUAGAAGUUGAGUUGAAAAAUGCAGAUGGUACAGGUGAUUGGAAUGAUGCUGCCUUUCCAGAAAGACGAGGGGUUAAGCACAGAAUGGAAGAGGAAGGUAAAUUUUACGUGUCCGAUUUAGUAUGGGGUAAGGUGAGGAGUCAUCCUUGGUGGCCUGGGCAGAUAUUUGAGCCAUCUGCUGCAUCAAACAGAGCGAUGAAGUACUUUAAAAAGGACAGCUAUUUGAUAGCUUAUUUUGGUGACCAGACAUUUGCAUGGAACGAAGCAUCUAGUAUUAAGCCAUUUAGGAUGUACUUCUCUCAAAUGGAGAAACAGAGCAAUUCAGAACGCUUUUGUCAGGCCGUGGAUUGUGCUCUAGAUGAGGUCUCUAGACGGGUUGAGUUUGGGCUGGCCUGCCCAUGUUUGCUGGAGGAGACCCGAGCAAAAAUGAAAUCUCAGAUUGUUAUGGAUGUUGGUAUCCAGGAAGAAUCAAGCAUGGGAGUUGGAGGUGAUAACUUUUCAGAUGAAUCCUCGUUUAACCCUACCAAACUUGUUAGAACUCUGAAGUCAGUAGCUGCAGCCCCACAUUCUCAGAUUGACAGAUUGUCACUUGUGUUGGCAAAAGCUCAAUUGGUAGCCUAUAAUCGCUGGAAGGGUUAUUAUCAGCUCCCAGUAAUAGAAGAAUUUAGCGAUUUGUCGGAGAAUGAUAAUGAUGUUGAACCACUGCUUGGGAAGAAAGAUUCUAGUGAUGUGACUUUAGAGGAAAAUUCUAAUGUCCAAGGUACUUCCUCAACAAAGCAUCCUCGACGCUUAGGUGUUGAUGAACACCCUAGUAAAAAAGAAAAAUCAAUGUCCAUUUUGAUGUAUGGGAGCAGUACAAGCGUACCGAAUGGUCAGAAGAAAUCUAUCGGGAGAGCUGAGCAGAAGAGGAAUUCUGUGUCUUCAGAGAAGAGACAUUUAGAAUUUGAUUCUAUGCCUGGUGAUUCAAAGUCAAAAAGAAGGAAAAAGGUGUGGUCACCAAGCAGUGGUAACAAGAUGUCUUUACCAUCUCAUAAAGCUGCAAACCGAAGUCUCAAGUCCAUUAACAGAACCAGAAGAACUAUUGAGCAUAGUGAAAAGUCGAGAAAUGUUGGAUUUGGUGAUUUAGUACUUGGUCUCGUCGCGAGACCUGAAGGGGAACAGUUGAUUCCAAAAGAGUUCCCUUCUCCUACAGAAAUGCUCUCAAUGCUCUAUUCGGCUGCCAGGGAUCCCAUGAAUGGGUAUAGUAUUUUGAUGUCACUAGCUGGUUUGUUCUGUGAUUAUAGGAAAUUAGCUUGCUCAGAAACUAUUGAGUCAGGAGACCACACAAAGACGACAGAAGAGCAUAUAGGAAAAAAUUCAUCCAACUCGGUGUCUGCUGAAACUUUGUCACUAGAAGGUAUUGAGGACUCGUAUUGGACUGAUAGGAUUAUCCAAUGCAACCCCGAAGAUCAGGUGUUAUUUGAACCGGAGAUCCAAAUUCAAGAGGAUUUUCCUAAUGGUACGUGGGAGAAUUCUCCUGCACUGAGUCCAAGCUUGGACAAUAAACAAGAACUAGGCGGCUUGGUUGAGAAUUCAGAAAGAGAAAAUCUAUUUGGUCUUGUGAAUGGAAAUUCUGAAUACUCUCCAACUGCGCUGAUUCUAAACUUUUCAGAUUUAGAUUCAGUUCCUCCAAUAGCAGAUCUAAACAUAAUAUUUAGUCAGUAUGGUCCGCUAUUUGAAUCUGAGACUGAACUUAUUCACAAGAGCAAACGAGCAAAACUUGUUUUCAAGAGGCGCGAUGAUGCUGAAACUGCUUUUAGCAAGUCAGGGAAAUUUAGUAUUUUUGGUCCAUCACUCAUCAGUUACCGCCUAGAAUAUUCGCCAUCACCACGCAAAGCAUCUAGUACCCCAAAACGUAAAAGGAAGUAUGCAGCAUCUAUCAGAGUGAAUGGAGUUUAAAACUGAAGUAAGAUGAAUUCCUCAUUAGGUCUUUCGCUGGAUUUUCCCAGUACGGAUUUAAUAGUGAACUUUUGGGUGCUAUGUUAAUAUGAAAAUUUAUUGCAUAUAGUUGAAAUUAGCUGCGGACUGUUUUGUCCAGUUAGAACGUUUUAGAUAGUAGAAAAGUAUUCUGGGAAUAUUUGAUUUAUUUGUGGUUGACUACGAAUUUUGUAUCUAUGUAUUCCUUUGCCCAGAAAUAUAAUAUAUGUUGGCAGCUAGUCAUCUUACAUUAUACUUGA